GUCGAUGUUGCAACAAGGAAUGGUGCUUCGAUAAACUUUGCUGUUGUUUUCAAGUUUAUUAACAGCACUUGUUUUGUUCGCCCUCAGGGUGUUUUAUUCCCUAUCCCUGAAUGAAACUGGGACUGUGGAUUCCCAGAAUGUUGCUGAUCCUUUUCUCCAUCUCCCUGUGUUUUUCCUGGGUCUCCCCUGAGUCACACUCUCUGAGGUAUUACUACACCUCGAUGCUGAACAGUGGGGACUUUCCUGAAUUCAUUCAUGUUGGAGUUUUGGAUGGUGUCCAGAUAACCUACUAUGACAGCAUUAGCAAGAAGGAUAUCCCUCGGCAGUCAUGGAUGCGGACAUCACUGGACGAUCAAUAUUGGGAACAGGAGACACAGAGAUUGAUCGACCGAGAGAAACUGUGCCUCGCCAAUGUGCGGAUAGCAACAAGGAGAACAAACAGCAGUGAAACAGGUUUGAACUACCUGCAGUACACCUCAGGCUGUGAGCAGCUGGAGGACGGGACUGUCACUGGAAAACGGCAUUACGCCUUCAACGGGCGAGAGCUGAUCAGCUUCGACCUGGAGCACAGCACCUGGGUUGCAGUCUCACCUUAUGCGGAGUCUACCCAGAGAAAGUGGAACAGCAAUGCAGGUGACAAUGAGUACAAGCGAUACUACACAAAGAAGAUUUGCAUCGAGUGGUUAAACAAUUACCUUCGUAAAGGUGCUGCUGUACUGAAUCGCAAAGCUGUCCCAGAGGCAAACGUCUACUACACGAAUGGGCAUAAUGUCAACCUGCACUGCCUGGUCACUGGAUUUUACCCAAAAUCAAUCAAUGUGACCUGGUUUGCAGACGGAAAGCCAGUCUCUGACACCCAUAGCACAGGCAUUCUACCCAAUCACGAUGGCACCUACCAAAUAAGGGUAAUUUUCCAGAUCGAACAUGACGAUGGCUGUAACUACGUGUGCCGUAUUGAACACAGCAGCCUGCCUGCACCGAAGGAGGUACUGUGGGAAAAAGGUGGCGGUGUGGUACCACUGGUGAUUGGCUGUAUCAUUCUGCUUUUGCUGUUAAUUUUCUGCAUCGGAGCUGGCGUUUACUACUGCAAGCACAAGGAUGAAGUGAACAAAACAGUCACCAACUGCUUGGGUCAUGGAUCUAUGGCAAGUAACUCUUCAUCAAGCAGUACUGACGGCAGCCAGACACUGGAUGGCAACAAUUCAGACAGCAGUGAUAAUGCAAAGCCCCUUAUGUCAGGUCCACCAAGCAAACCCAGUACGGAACGCAAUAAGCAAAGUGUGCAAACACCACUGGUUCAAAACCCAGACGGCCCAUCCCAGACCUUGCCUAUUGCUGGGGCUUCACUUGAUCAGAUGACAGUGGAAAUUGAAAAAUACUCUCAGACCAGGCGAACAGUGCCAGAGUCGGUGAUGGGGAGAGCCACGAAAGAGCACUCCAGUAAAACCACUGAGGCUUUGAUGAGUGAACGAGGACCCGUUGUUGUCGUUCCUUGGGCAUGUAGCAAUCCUUUUUCGUGCGGCUCCAAGUGUCUCUCCUGGUGGAAGUUCCCAGUGUCGCCCCUGGUACUGCCGGUCACAGUUUGGAGAAUGGAGAGUUCGAAGAGAGGCACGAUGAUUCUGCAUUUGACUGCGUUGUCUCUCCUCGCUGCAGCUGGAGCCCAUGCUGGCUCCCACGCCUUGCAGUAUCUCUUCAUCUACGCCCCCCAGCAUCCAGACCUGCCGGAGCUCUCUAUGAUUGGGAUGUUGGAUGAUCUUCAGAUCGAGUACUAUGACAGCUCCCUCAAUCGGACCCAGCCCAGACAGCAAUGGAUGGCCAGCAAGAUCAUGGAGGAUUACUGGCUGGAGCAGACCAUGGCUGUAGAUGCACUUCAAAACCACAUCUUCAGGAAACUUGCUCCAUUUGGCACAAUGUUUGGUAUCCGAUACAUCCAGGGCCUCUGGAGAUGCACAAUGGAAAAUAGCCAAAGCACCACAGCGUUUGUAAAGCUAAACGCCAAUGAGUUGGGAGAUGUUGAAUGUGACUUGUUCACAGUGCGUUGCAGGGGGCUUGGCGUGUUUUCUUUGCUGACUAAAACGAUUGAAGAUAUCCUCAAGAAUGAUCCCACUUUUAUCCAGUUGCUGAACCCCAGAUGUGUUGAAAGCCUCCAGACAGUACUUCGAGCUGGUAAAACAGCCCUGGAAAGAAAAGUUGCUCCCCAGGUACUGGUUUACGAAAGGAGCUCCACUGCAGAGAUGUCCACACCUCUCCUGUGCCUCAUCACUGCCUUUUAUCCCCGCACCAUCAAUGCCACGUGGUUAUAUAAUGGAGAGCCUGUAUCAGAGGACCUUACAGUGAUGGUUCUGCCAAACCAUGAUGCCACGUACAGAAUGGAGAUCCUCAUUGACAUCAAGAACAAUGACCCAAGCAACUACUGCUGCCAGGUUCAGCAUCGUAGCUUGUCUGAGUCACUGAGAGUAACAUCCGGAGUUGGUCAUGUAAGUCACAGUAUUUGUCCUGGCCCAGUGCUGUACCUAUUCACUAUGUUGGCAAUAGUGACAGGCGUGGCGUAGGGAGCAAUUUCAGCGAAGGCCGUGGGAAAGGCGCGAGCACA